AUGGCCCUCCGCUUCCUCCGCCCCGCCCAGGGAGCUCUGCUGCGCGCCUCCAGACUGCCUGUGAGCAGAGUACGAUGGGCCAGCUCGGUGUCGCAGGCGCCAGGUUCAGACCAUGUUCGCUUUCCAGGCGCCGUGAACAGCAAGUUCACCUCUGAGAUGUCCUUCGUCACCCCAGCUUCAAACCCUGCCAUUCCUACAUACAGAGUCAUGGACUCCGAGGGUGUGAUUGUUGACAAGUCGAGGGGUCCCCCAGACGUCAAGGACGAGGAGGUGUUGACGUGGUACAAGAACAUGUUGAGUGUAAGCAUUAUGGAUAUGAUCAUGUUCGAGGCACAGAGGCAGGGCCGUCUGAGUUUCUAUAUGGUUUCUGCCGGAGAGGAAGGUAUUGCAGUCGGAUCCGCCGCUGCCCUGUCCAUGGAUGAUGUUGUCUUUUGCCAAUACAGAGAAACUGGUGUCUUCCAGCAGCGUGGAUUCACCCUGAAACAGUUCAUGAGCCAGCUCUUUUCUAACCGCAACGACUCCGGAAAGGGCCGUAACAUGCCUGUCCAUUACGGAGGAAAGGAUGUAAAGACACACACCAUCUCGUCAACCCUGGCUACCCAAAUUCCACACGCUUCUGGUGCCGCAUACGCCCUCAAGCUCAAGGCCCUCCAGGAUCCAAAUGCUGAGAAGCAAGUGGUUGCUUGCUACUUCGGCGAAGGAGCUGCCAGUGAAGGAGAUUUCCAUGCCGCCCUCAACAUCGCUGCCACCCGUUCCUGCCCCGUGAUUUUCAUCUGCCGAAACAACGGAUACGCCAUCUCUACACCAACCCUCGAACAGUACCGAGGUGACGGUAUUGCCAGUCGUGGUAUCGGUUAUGGAAUUGACACGAUCCGUGUUGACGGAAACGACAUCUUUGCCGUCCGUGAAGCCACUCUUGAAGCUAGAAAGAGGGCCCUCGAAGGCUCUAUGCGGCCUAUCCUCAUCGAAGCCAUGAGCUACCGUAUUUCCCACCACAGCACCAGUGACGACAGCUUUGCCUACCGUGCCCGCGUCGAGGUUGAGGACUGGAAACGCCGUGACAACCCCAUCUCCCGUCUUCGCAAGUGGAUGGAGAACAAGGGUAUCUGGAACGAGGAUCUCGAGCGUGAAACCCGCGAACAGCUCCGCAAGGACGUUCUCGCGGAGUUCGCCGCUGCCGAGCGUGAGAAGAAGCCUGCUUUGAAGGAGAUGUUCACUGACGUCUUUGAAGAGCUUACCCCUGAGGUCAAGAGCCAGCGAGAGGAGUUGAGGCGCAUUCUCGAGAAGUACCCCAAGGAGUAUGACGUUAGUGAAUUCGAGGGUGGCCUGAAGGGUCUGUAG